AUGGCCUGCCCUUCCACAAGAAAUCUUAAGGACUGGCUAAGAGAUUUGUCGAAAUGGCGUGAGAGGUGCCAGGGAUGGAUUCAACAGGAGUUGAAGCACAAAUGCAACGACCCAGUUGAAUGGAAAGAGGGCGAUGUCCCUGGAUUUACCCCGGACAUCCUGUCAAGCCAAGAAGAUAUGGCCUCCCCCCGUACCUGGAAAAUUAUGAACCCACCUGGCCACACCUCUAUUGAAGAAGAAUUCGAUGUGAACAUCAACCAGGGCAAGUGGAAUCCCAAGAAUGUCCGUUUGUCGGAUGCAGGUGCCAUCUAUGCCCUUUUGACCUUGCCUGCAGACUAUCGCAUCCGACACCGGGUCUACGACUUUGAUAGCCAAGGGGACGUACGAAAAGAACGAGUUCUGAAAGCACCCACUGUUGCUUUUUACCAGAAUAACCAGCGGACGCUUGCCGCCUGGAAAGGUGUUUAUGUCUUCACGGGGGGGGUACAAUGA